AUGAAGCCUUCCACUUCCUCCUUGCCUCCAAAAAUUUUCCCCACAAUUAUUCAUUCCUUCUUUGCCAUCUUUCACUCUUCCUCUUCGCCUCUAAAAUUUUUCCCCAAAAUUAUUCAUUUCCUCUCUUUGCCGCUUCAGCUUAAUCGGCCCAAGCCUAAUUCAAAUUCUUCAAUUGAUGCAGUAUCUUGUCAACAAAUUACGACUCAAUCUACAGAUUUCUAUGUUAUUCUUCAAGCAAUCUUUCGGGAUGAAAUAUUUAUCAAAGAGUAUGAAUAUCUUGUAGAGAGGGCAAAGAGGCAGCAACUUCUCGAAGAUCUCUCUUGGGAAAAGAUACCUGUAGAUGAUCGUGAGGCCGUGAUUAAUAUCAUGAUGUACAUUCUAAGUACAAAGCUUGGACGUCAAAUUCUUGGCUUGGGAGAUGGUUACCUUCGAGACAUUCACUCAUCUUCUUCCAAUGUACACAGUUUGGAAAAUGAGUUAGAAACAAAAUGUGCUACUACAAAGGUAGCCGAUGCAGCUCGAGUGUAGGUGAAGCAAAGGAUGCAAUAUAAGAUGAAGGUUGUUCAGCAACAAUUCAAUUCUACAUUGCAGUCUUGGCAUCAUUCUAUGCACGAGCUAUGUGGUAAAAUUCUUGACUUCGUUGUACCUCCAUUUACACCAUUGUCAAUAGAGAAUAAUGCUAAUGAGGACGAUGGUUAUAUUGAGGACAAAGAGAAUAGUUUGUUGAUGAUCAGCCUCAUAUAUAAUUCACGAGGAUGAAGAGUUAUUUUUUUAAGUGCAUAAUAAUAAAUAUAAAGCAUGUUUGCUAUA